UCCGCCACCACAAUUAACCCAGCCCAAACCCUAAGCCCACCAGGCCACCACUCCCUCCCUCCCCUUCAGCCGCCGCCGCCACCACAACCCCAGAGGCCAGAGCGCCAGCACUCCUCAACAUCCCCGUCUCCAUGGCCGCCGACGCCGCGGCCUCCCUCUGCGACGAUCUGGAGCCCGCCACCGUCCGCACCCGCAUCCGCGACGUCCUUGCAGCGGGCGCCGCGCGGGCCGGGGAGCGCGUCGUGGUCGGGGGAUGGGUCCGGACGGGCCGGGAGCAGGGGAAGGGCUCCUUCGCCUUCCUCGAGCUCAGCGACGGCUCCUGCGCUGCUACGCUCCAGGUCAUCGUCGAUGCCACCGUGCACCCUCUCGCGCGCCUCACCGCCACGGGCACCUCCGUGCUCGUAGAGGGCGAUAUCAAGGAGCCGCCGGAGGGUACCAAGCAGAACGUCGAGCUCAAGGUCAGCCGCGUUCUCGAAGUCGGCGAGGUCGACGCCGCCGCUUACCCGCUGCCCAAGGGCAAGGUCAAGCUCACGCUCGAGAAACUCAGGGAUGUCGUUCAUCUCCGCUCGCGGACCAACACGAUUGGAGCAGUUGCUAGGAUUAGGCACCAGUUAGCCUGUGCAACACACAGGUUCUUCGACGAGAAUGGGUUUCUCUAUGUACAUACACCAAUAAUAACUACAAGUGACUGUGAGGGUGCUGGUGAGAUGUUCCAAGUGACAACUUUGUUUAGCCAGGCUGAAAAAACUGAGAAGGAAUUGAAAGAGAACCCUGCACCUUCUGAUUCUGAAAUCGAGGCAGCUAAAGUUCUUGUCAAGGAGAAAGGAGAUGCAGUUGCACAGCUUAAAGCCGCAAAAGCCAGCAAACAAGACAUAUCAGCUGCUGUUGAUGUGCUUCAUAGGGCAAAGGAAAAUGUUUCGAAGCUGGAGGAGAGGUCCAAAUUAAAGCCUGGGAUUCCACGCAGGGAUGAUGGAUCAAUAGCUUUUGAAAAUGACUUCUUCAAGCGUCAAGCUUUUUUGACUGUGUCCGGACAGCUUCAGGUUGAGACAUACGCAUGUGCUCUUAGUAGUGUGUAUACCUUUGGACCAACAUUCCGGGCAGAGAACUCACAUACAUCACGCCAUUUGGCAGAGUUCUGGAUGGUUGAACCAGAACUCGCUUUUGCAAACUUGCAGGAUGAUAUGAACUGUGCAGAAAAAUAUGUACAAUACCUUUGUAAGUGGCUGCUUGAGCAUUGCCGUGAAGAUAUGGAGUUCAUGGUGAAAAAUUAUGAUAAGAGUGCAAUUGAACGUCUAGAGCUUGUUUCCUCUACUCCUUUUGUGCGGAUUUCAUAUACAAAGGCUGUGGAGCUCUUGAAAAAUGUUACUGACAAGAAGUUUGAUAACAAGGUCGAAUGGGGAAUUGAUUUAGCCUCUGAGCAUGAAAGGUAUUUGACUGAGGAUAUAUUUAAGAAGCCAGUGAUUGUCUAUAACUAUCCGAAAGGAAUUAAGGCAUUCUAUAUGAGGCUCAAUGAUGAUGACAAGACGGUGGCUGCAAUGGAUGUUCUUGUGCCUAAGGUUGGUGAGUUGAUUGGUGGAAGCCAAAGGGAAGAACGUCUAGAUGCUCUCAAGCAGAGGAUACUUGAUGCUGGCUUGCCUUUAGAACCCUAUGAAUGGUACUUGGACCUCCGCAGGUUUGGUUCUGUAAAGCACAGUGGCUUUGGGUUGGGUUUCGAAAGGAUGAUACUUUUUGCUACUGGUAUGGAGAACAUCAGAGAUGUCAUACCCUUCCCGAGGUACCCAGGGAGGGCUGACCUGUGAUCUUUGAAGACCUUGGUUAAACAGAUGCGAGUUGAUUCCUAGUGAUUUUGGAAUGAUUUCACCGAUCAGUUUGCCCUACUUUGCACAUUGGAUUUAUUGGAGGUGUCAUGUAAUUUUCAGUGUACUAAAUUUGCAACUGGAGAUCAAUUGAUCAACAUUUUGUCUCUGUUAGUUAAAUGCUCAACUAGAGCCAAAAGUUUAAUGGUAACACUGUAAGGAAUUAUAGUCAUGUAAGGUAAAGUUGGUGUUUUGUUUUACCUAGUUGGUUAUGAAAUAUUAAUCUUGCAACUUUAAAGUUUUUGUUA